AGCCGUGGCGCCACCCCGCGGCGGCGCGCGCGGAUGGCACCGCCGCCCGGGCGCCGCGAUGGCUCCUGCCUGCGCGGGCCAGGAGGCCACCCCGCGGAGCUGUGCGGGCUCCCGGCCUCUGGUGUGGGCCGGCGGGGAGGCGCGGCCCCCGCCGCCCUCCUCCUGGCCAGGGGCGCCCUGGCGGCUGGCAGAGGCAUGAAGGCGGGAGAACUGGUGCCGUUCGGCUACCACAACCUGUUCGUGCUCGUGCUGCUCGUCCUGACGUGCAUGUGGGCAGCCAAGGUGGGCUCGCAGCUCCUCGCGCUCUACCAGGUUCACGUGCGCCUGGCUGCCAACGCGCCUCUGGCCCUUGACCAGAUGAGCAUCUACGCGAAGGUGCCCCGCCACGUGCUCUCUGCGCACCUCUCCCCGGAGUCCCUGGAGGCGGCCGCCCUGCACCCCUCCGCGCGCCGGCCGGAGCGCGCCUCGACCGGCGCCGCCGGCUCCGUGACGCUGUACUGGGGCGUGCCGGCCCCAGCGAUGCCUCUGAGCCCGAGGACCUGGACGUUCUGCGCAGGCCCCAGCGAUGCCUCUGAGCCCGAGGACCUGGGCGCUCUGCGCAGGUGUAACUCUGAUUUCAGCAAGGUCUCGAGGAACCUCAAGGAGCGGGCCAUCAGCGACGUGGACGCGCUGCCAUGUCUUUGGCUCAGAGGUAUCCUCUCCGCGUCGCGGACACACGUCGAGGAGCCGCCCGACGACCCGCUGGGGGACCAGUAUGCCGACGCGGGCUCGCUGCAGGGGCGGGGGUGGCUGCUGGUUGGAGGCGACGCUAGUGGAGGAGAGCACUCGGUCAAUGCAAAGCUGAGGCAGACGAUCAACCGCGGAGAGACCCAGGCGCUCCUGGCUGCGCUGGUGGACCUGCAGUGCCUGGGCGUGGGGAUCACCUACGUCACUGAGGCGCUGCGGGGUGCGCCUCACUUGCUCUCGACUGCCGUGGUGAAGAUCGAGAGCCACUUGGACCAGGAGGUGGCGGAGGCGCGCGGCGUGCCACAGAAUUGGUACGCUGCCAACCAGAUCGCGGAUGAGCUGGCGGGCGACUGGGCGUCGCGGUUCCAGGUGCCUUCCAGCACGGUCACCAGCUUGGAGAUGGCCGAAGCGAUCGGGUCCACGGUGCGCACGCAUCUCACGAUGGCGUUCCUGAAGGCCUCGGAGGCGGAGCCGCGCCGCAUCAAGCCUACGAGGGCUGGGCACCGCGGCUUCAAGGUGAAGUUGGCGCUGUCGGAGCACGAGCUGAGCGGCCGUGUGGGCUCGAGCUUCCACUGCAAGGGGUGCGGCUGCAGCGCGAACGGCCCGCGGAUGGAGGCUUUUUUGCCACGCCAUGCCACAAAGGCGUUCUGCAAGCCAUGCGGCGAGCACUUGGGCCACUAUGGGGUGCAGACGCGGCGCAAGCUGGCGUGCGGAGUGCUGCCCAAGGCCGAGGCUUGCUGCGGGGACGUGGCCGUCCCUCUCAUUUACUUGCGCCUGACCUGUGCCGCCUCCCUGGCCUCGGCUUCGGGCGGUGUGGUAGAGAAUGCGUCGGAGACGAUCUGGACGUUCCGCAAAAACUACCUUGACGGUUUCGAGUUAACUAUCCCCAAGGGCCCUCGCAUGUUGCGUCUUAAACCUCUCAGGGACGGUGACACUAACAAGCAGAUAACAGUGAUGGGCGUGAUUCGUUCGGAGCUCGAGUCAGUCGGCAAGUCGACCCCACAUCUCGCGGGCUGGUCAGUCGACUCCUCUGUCGGGAAUGGCAUCGCGUUCGUCUCUAAUGACUAUACGGGCGAUGCGCUCAAGAUGUACUGCGUUCAGACGCCCUCGUCGGUGUUUGUGCAGCCGCGUGUGAUCGCCUUCGCCUGUCACUUCAAGCAGAUAGGUACCGAGAGCAAGCAGGAUGAUAGUGUGUCCAAGGCGCAAGUGACGAGGGAGACCGACACGACUCCCAAGGUCGGUGAGGUACACUCGAGCUACGGCAGCCGCUCUACUUUCGGACCACCAUCAAUUCAUGGCUCAGACGACAUUGAGAACUACAUCUACUUCCUAUGCAUCGAGGUUUUCGACACCACGGACCGCCUGGCCGAGAUCCUUCGACUCGCCCGCGCCGCUCGUGUUGCCAUCAUUCGCCUCCAGAGUACCCUGCCGGAGCUCGCCACCCCGUGGACCACAGAAGGCUACAGAGUUAUCCCGACUCCGCGUACGACCAGAUCCAGUAGAGAUGGCUGUCUGAUAGCUUUCAACCUGAAGUUUUUCUCUUUGAGCGAGCUCCGAGUCACUCACGAGUGGAUGAGUGGACGAUUACAGGGUACUCGACUCACUAGAAGAUGCCCCCGAAAACGUGAUAUCUACAUCUUGAAUGGCUACGCCCCGCUGAACGAGGUCAGCCACCGCCGCAUUGAAGCCGACCACCACGAACGAGCCGUAGCCCAUAAGGCCCUACAAACCCAGUUUUGGGACACGUGUCGAGCGGCCCUCCGCCAGAUCCCGAAACGCCUGGCCCUAAUCUUCAACCUGGACGCCAAUGCUGCCAUGUCCCCAUCCCUGCCGAACGUGGGCUUUGCUGGACAGAGACGCCGCUAUGCAGCCACCAACACCAACGGCUCGCGCCUACUGGAACUCUUCCAGGACUACCACAUGAUGGCCCUGAACACGUUCGGCAAGAGCUCUCGCCAGAACGGCGCGUGGAAGCACACGGUGGGCAAAGGAUGGACCACCAUCGACUACAUCUGCACCCGCUUAGCAGGCUCCUACGGCAGGCACGCAGCCCCUCUACAACAGAGACCAGUCAGCCUUGGCGGAUACCGCGACCACCGACCUGUCGAGGCCUACGUGCACGCGGGGCUACGUGCGCGUCGCCAACCUGAGGAGAAGCCCCUGCGGUGGAACCGCGACGCCAUGGUGGCCGACCUCCACGCGCUCGAAGACCCCGAUGCACCUCCCCCGCAGCGCGUCCUCCAGAUGCGCACAACCCUAGCCCAGAUGAUGACGGACAGCGGCCUCACUAACCAUUGGUGGAUGACGUGCGGCGAGCACGCCAUCAUUGAGGCUGCCGCCCCGCACUACGUCCCGGCACCCACGCAGACCACGCGCCCGAAGCUGACGGACAACACCCUGGCCCUGAUCGAGACCAAGCACACCAUCCAGAGACGCAUGGCUAUGAUCGCCGACCCCGCCUGCGCGCGCUUCAUCGAGCCCCAGACCCUGUGCGACGAGGCGGCCAAGGCGGCUGCCAAGGCAGCGCGCUCAGAACGCCGACGACGUCUCGCAGAGACAGCGGCGGAGGCCGAGGCAGCGGACGCAAACAUGAACCUGCGCAAGCUCCACAGCGUAGUUCGCCGCCUAGCUCCGAAGCCUACGGCGCCAGUCAUCACGGUCACCAGCCCCGCUACGGCGACGGUAUGCAUGGACGCCGAGGAGGAGACCCACGUCCGCACCAAGGCCCUCUGCGACAUUUUUGACGGGACCCUGAUCAACAUGGACAAACAUGGAGGGGAUGGCAAGAACGCCCGCGACCACUACCGCGCCAUCAACCUCAUCAACCACAUUGGCAAAGUCUUCAUGAACGUCACCGUCAUGCCCUCCCUCCGCAACCUGGCCUCGAAGCCCUCGACCGCGCAGUUCGGCGCGCUGGCGGGCCGCUCUACCCGAGAUGCGCUUGCAGUCGUAGCCGAGGUUAUCCGACGAUUCCGGCUCCAUGGCCGCGCGUCCAAGCUGGGCUCCGCAAUCCCAGGCAUGCUCGUUGCGGCCCUGAUAGACCUCGAGAAGGCCUUCGACCUGAUCGAUCGCGACGAGAUCUGGACUGCGCUCGAGGCCCUCGCCCAGAGCCGCGAGGCGCGCCUGGCAGUUGGGGGGCUACGCGAGGGCACGUGCUACAUUGCUCGCGACAUCCGCGCCAACCGACCCAUCAAGAAGCUAUCGAUCCCACGCGGAGUUCGGCAGGGCAGUGUGGAUGGUCCGCUGCUGUUCAUAGCCGUCUACGACCUUCUCGCCUCGAAGCCGGAGCAGAGCCGGGCAAGGGCCGAGUUCCCCGAGAUCUCUGUGCUUUUUGACCCAGAACUGAAACAGAUACGCCAUCAGGACGCCUUGCUUGGAGAGGGGGAGGAGGAGAGGAUGGUCGUGUCCCCCAUCAAAUUCGUUGACGACCUGAUCGCCCUCACGAUUGUCGAAAACUUCGAAGCGGGCUCUCGCUUCCUCACGUUCCUGAAGGCAGAAUUCACGAAAGGUAAGACAAAGGUUAACGACACCAAAACCGAAAUGUUGAUCGUCGCGACAGGUGAGCAAAGCAAAAGCCGCAAGGCCACGAUCAGAGCGAAGCAAACAAACAUUCACAUGCACGAGACCCCAGUCCAUGCCACUCCCAGUGUGAAGUACUUAGGAGCGAAGCAGCGUGACGAUGGCACGAUGGUGGAGGAGCGCCUGUGCACUCGUGCGAUGUUCGGCCCGAUCAGCGAGGUGACGGAGCCCAAGCGAGGCGCCGAGGCACUGGCAGCACCGCCGAGCGAGGCCGCAAGCUCGACCGACGGGGCCCCCAACGGCAAGCUGCAUAACUUCAUGUGCCGCAUGCUUCUCCAGCACGAAGCCGUCCGCCAGUCAGCCGCCCGAGACGACAACUUCACGCUGGCGCUCAAGGAGGGUGCGAAGAUAGAGGUGGCCCUGGAGCAAGGCUACCAGCACUUUGUGGAAGUGGGCAAGAAGGCGGUUCCGAACGACCCAGAGAACGUGAAGCAGGCGAUAGGCCUGGGCCCGUUCGCGACAGAGGCGCUCGAGGGAAUGGGCGUGCUGCUGCGCUGGGGCCCGCUGGUUCAGGGCGAGGAGACGGUGGUCAAGUCGACGCGGUGCUUCAAAGUAACCCUCGCCGAGGGCGGAGAAAACCAAGUGCGCUGGAUCUGGGCCUGCAACCACCGCGUCGAUCUCAGGAGCGCCCUGGCGGUGCUGAGGAUCAACAGCGGCCUGUCUGCGGCGAACAUCAUGCUCGGGCACGAUCGCAGACCCCGCUCGAAGGCAGCCAAGCAGUUAGAGCAGCUGGCGUUCAAGGGCGGCGCCAGGACGGGCGAAAAGGGCGGUGCCAAGAAGCCCAAUCGCAAGUAG